AUGGUGUGUCUCAGCUACAGAGGGUACUGGACAUCCCACGAUCGCCCUUCUGAAAAAGGCAUCAACCUGGACUCCGAGGCAGCACUUCGCUGGAUCACAAAGCUGCAUCGUGAGAAGCACAAAGAUGCCCAGGCAGCGCCCAUCACCAUUCUCUGGGGACAGAGCAUCGGAUGCGGGUUUGCAACAAACCUGGCAGCCAAGACGCAAGAUGGCGACACUCUAGCAAUCAAUGCCUUGGUGUUGGAGACACCGUUCACGAAUACCCGCGCAAUGCUCGAAGCACUCUAUCCGCAAAAGUGGCUGCCGUAUCGUCACCUCUGGCCGUUUCUGCGCAACCACCUCGACAGCUGGGCAAACCUGGGCUCGAUAGCCGCCAAAGCCCACAAGCCGGAGGUGUACAUAGUCGAGGCGGGUAAAGACGAACUGGUGCCCUCUGACCACGGCCGCCUUCUCUAUCAGCGGUGCAAGGACCUUCAUCUGUUUGCAGAGCUGCACACCGUCAGCGGAGCUCUCCACAACGACGUGAUGGUGCGGAGACACGGCAAACAGGCCAUUGCACAGUCUAUCGCCUCGGCCGUGUCGCGGGCGCGGCAAUCCUCGAAUGAUCAGGACGCGUUGUGUCAUCCCAUUAUCGCCAACCCUGCCUAG